AUGGCCUACGACUAUGCGCUUGUGCACCUGAAGUUCACCAUCCCAUUGGCUGGCGUCUUGACCUUUAUACUGAGGCCGCUCCUCACCAGGCUGGAUCUAUACAAGACCUUGGCCCUGAUAGUCAUCGCAUUCACAGCAACUCUGCCAUGGGAUUCCUUUCUCAUUCACAAUGGCGUCUGGACGUAUCCCCCGGACGCGAUUGCAGGUCCGCGGUUGUUCCUGGUCCCAGCGGAAGAGUUAUUCUUCUUCGUGAUUCAAACUUAUAUUACAUCCAUGCUCUACAUCCUGUUCAAUAAGCCGAUCUUGCAUGCCCAGUAUCUGACUACUAAAGAAGAUUCUGCUCCUGCCGCAAGGUCGAUAAGGACACUCGGACAGGCUUUUCUAGGUGGCUGUACCGCUGUUGGGGCACUUCUAGUCAAGAAAGGAGGCGAUGGAUUCUACCUGGGACUAAUCCUAGUGUGGGCAUGCCCAUUCGCCCUGCUUACCUGGACGUUCUCUGGGUACUUUUUAAUUCAACUCCCGUUGGUAUGUGUUGCAGCCCCGAUACUGUUGCCCACACUUUACCUAUGGGUUGUGGAUGAGUUGGCAUUGGGAAGGGGCACUUGGUCGAUAGAGUCCGGGACAAAGUUGGGGUGGUGCCUAUGGGGAAGCUUAGAGCUCGAGGAGGCCAUCUUUUUCCUGAUGACCAACGCUCUCAUCGUCUUUGGGCUCGUGGCAUUUGACCGCGGGAUGGCGGUCUUGAAUACGUUCCCUCACCUUUUCCCAAAAGUGCCAGCAACGCCAUCUCCUCUAUUACUCUUGAAAGGGGUCCUUACAGACCCCUCGAAGUACGAUAUGAAGCGUGUACACGGCAUUCGGGAAGCGGUUCAGAGAUUGAGGCGAAAAAGCCGGAGUUUCUACCUUGCGAGUUCUGUCUUCCCCGGCCGGGUGCGUAUCGACCUUGUCCUUCUGUACUCCUUCUGUCGGGUGGCAGAUGACCUGAUAGACGAUGCCAAAACUGAGGCGGAAGCACUGGAUUGGAUCCAGAAGCUGACUGGCUAUCUUGACCUGGUUUACUCGACGACGUUUACAGUGUCACCUUCGGAGAAUACGGCGGUUCAGACAUUUAUCAGAGACAACUUCCCCAAGUCGGAUCAGUCGGCUCUCCAACUUCUUCCAACUAAUCUAUUACCCCGCGAACCCUUAUAUGAGCUGCUGGAAGGCUUCAAGAUGGAUCUGGCCUUCUCGCAUACAGGCGGCAAAGGGGAGCCGCACUUACCAGCAAACUUCCCAAUUCGAAAUGAGCAGGACCUUGAGUUGUAUGCGCACCGUGUUGCAAGUACAGUUGGAGAGCUCUGCCUGUGGCUAGUUUUCGAGCAUGGCCACCGCCGGCUGUCAAAGGACAAGGAGGACAGCUUGAUACAAGCAGCACAGACUAUGGGACAUGCACUACAGUAUGUCAACAUAGCCCGCGACAUUGCCGUCGAUGCGGACAUGGAGCGCGUCUACCUCCCCACAAACUGGUUAAAGGAGGAAGGCGUCACUCCUCGGGACAUCAUCAAAGCACCGAGACAAGCCGUGGUGCAAAGGCUCAGGGAACGGCUUCUGAAGGUCGCUUUUGCUGAGUACGAGCGAUCACGCGCUCCCAUGGAGAUGCUACCUAGUGAUGUGCGCGGGCCGCUCAUUGUGGCAGUUGAGAGCUACAUGGAGAUUGGCCGUGUCCUACGAGAAAAUAAAGGAGUACGAUCCUCGAAGAACCCGAAAAGAGCCACAGUCUCUCGGUCCAGGAGGAUCUGGGUUGCGUGGAAGAAUCUUGCAUCUCAAUAA